CUCAGCCUCCCAAGUAGCUGGGAUUACAGGCACCCACCACCAUGCCUGUCUUAUGUGUUUUCACUGGUUUCACUAUUGUUGGCCAGGCUGAUCUCGAACUCCUGACCUCAUGUGAUCCACCCGCCUCGGCAUCCCAAAGUGCUGAGAUUACAGAUGUGAGCCCCCGCGCCCGGCAGGUACACUUUUUAUAGCAGAUUCAGUCCCAGUGUUUAUUUUGGGGAUGGGAAGAGACAAGAGGUGGCAAGGUCAAGUCUGCAGGUACAGGCAGGGAUUUUCUCAACCAAGGACUCUGCUGAGUAGCAUUUUCCAUGCAGACAUUUCCAAUAAACGCUGACCCAAGAACAUUCUAGAAAAGAUGCCAAAUCUCACAUUGAAUAAUGUUCUGAUAUCCUAAAAUUUUAGGACUAAAAAUCAUGUUCUCUAAAAUUCACAGAAUAUUUUCCUAGAAUUCAGUACCUCUCGUUCACCCUAACUAGCUUUUUUGCAAUACUGUUUUCCAUUCAUUUGGUGGCCAGUAGUUGGGUGGUCUGUAUAACUGCCUACUCAAUAACAUGUCAGCAGUUCUCAGCUUCUUUCCAGUGUUCACCUUACUCAGAUACUCCCUUUUCAUUUUCUGACAACACCAGCACUUCAUGGCAACAGAGAUGUCCCUAGCCAGGUUCUCCUCUCUCUUGCUCUCAUACUCACAGUGUUUCUUCACAUCUAUUUUUAGUUUUUCUGGCUCAAGCAUCUUCAGGCCACUGAAACACAACCCUCACUCUCUUUCUCUCUCCCUCUGGCAUGCAUGCUGCUGGUAGGAGACCCCAGGUCAACAUUGCUUCAGAAAUCCUUUAGCACUCAUUUCUCAGGAGAACUUAUGGCUUCAGAAUCACAGCUCGGUUUUUAAGAUGGACAUAACCUGUACGACCUUCUGAUGGGCUUUCAACUUCGAACUGGAUGUGGACACUUUUCUCUCAGAUGACAGAAUUACUCUAACUUCCCCUUUGCAGUUGCUUCCUUUCCUUGAAGGUAGCUGUAUCUUGUUUUCUUUAAAAAGCUUUUUCUUCCAAAGCCACUUGCCAUGCCGACCGUCAUUAGCGCAUCUGUGGCUCCAAGGACAGCGGCUGAGCCAAGGUCCCCAGGGCCAGUUCCUCACCCGGCUCAGAGCAAGGCCACCGAGGCUGGGGGUGGAAACGCAAGUGGCAUCUAUUCAGCCAUCAUCAGCCGCAAUUUUCCUAUUAUCGGAGUGAAAGAGAAGACAUUCGAGCAGCUUCACAAGAAAUGUCUAGAAAAGAAAGUUCUUUAUGUGGACCCCGAGUUCCCACCGGAUGAGACCUCUCUCUUUUAUAGCCAGAAGUUCCCCAUCCAGUUCAUCUGGAAGAGACCUCCGGAAAUUUGCGAGAAUCCCCGAUUUAUCAUUGAUGGAGCCAACAGAACUGACAUCUGUCAAGGAGAUCUAGGGGACUGCUGGUUUCUCGCAGCCAUUGCCUGCCUGACCCUGAACCAGCGCCUUCUUUUCCGAGUCAUACCCCAUGAUCAAAGUUUCAUCGAAAACUACGCAGGGAUCUUCCACUUCCAGUUCUGGCGCUAUGGAGAGUGGGUGGACGUAGUUAUUGAUGACUGCCUGCCAACCUACAACAAUCAACUGGUUUUCACCAAGUCCAACCACCGCAAUGAGUUCUGGAGCGCUCUGCUGGAGAAGGCUUAUGCUAAGCUCCAUGGUUCCUACGAAGCUCUGAAAGGUGGGAACACCACAGAGGCCAUGGAGGACUUCACAGGAGGGGUGACAGAGUUUUUUGAGAUCAGGGACGCUCCUAGUGACAUGCACAAGAUCAUGAAGAAAGCCAUCGAGAGAGGCUCCCUCAUGGGCUGCUCCAUUGAUGAUGGCACGAACAUGACCUAUGGAACCUCUCCUUCUGGUCUGAACAUGGGAGAGCUGAUUGCACGGAUGGUGAGGAAUAUGGAUAACUCGCUGUUCCGGGACUCAGACCUCGACCCCAGAGCCUCAGUUGAAAGACCGACCCGGACAAUCGUUCCCGUUCAGUAUGAGACAAGAAUGGCCUGCGGGCUGGUCAGAGGUCACGCCUACUCUGUCACGGGGCUGGAUGAGGUCCUGUUCAAAGGUGAGAAAGUGAAGCUGGUGCGGCUGCGGAAUCCCUGGGGCCAGGUGGAGUGGAACGGCUCUUGGAGUGAUGGUUGGAAGGACUGGAGCUUUGUGGACAAAGAUGAGAAGGCCCGUCUGCAGCACCAGGUCACUGAGGAUGGAGAGUUCUGGAUGUCCUAUGAGGAUUUCAUUUACCAUUUCACAAAGUUGGAGAUCUGCAACCUCACGGCCGACGCUCUGCAGUCUGACAAGCUUCAGACCUGGACAGUGUCUGUGAACGAGGGCCGCUGGGUGCGGGGUUGCUCAGCCGGAGGCUGCCGCAACUUCCCAGAUACUUUCUGGACCAACCCUCAGUACCGUCUGAAGCUCCUGGAGGAGGACGAUGACCCUGACGACUCGGAGGUGAUCUGCAGCUUCCUGGUGGCGCUGAUGCAGAAGAACCGGCGCAAGGACCGGAAGCUGGGGGCCAAUCUCUUCACCAUCGGCUUCGCCAUCUAUGAGGUUCCCAAAGAGAUGCACGGGAACAGGCAGCACCUGCAGAAGGACUUCUUCCUGUACAACGCCUCGAGGGCCAGGAGCAAAACCUACAUCAACAUGCGGGAGGUGUCCCAGCGCUUCCGCCUGCCUCCCAGCGAGUAUGUCAUCGUGCCCUCCACCUACGAGCCCCACCAGGAGGGGGAAUUCAUCCUCCGGGUCUUCUCUGAAAAGAGGAACCUCUCCGAGGAAGUUGAAAAUACAAUCUCCGUGGAUCGGCCAGUGCCACAGCCUGGCAGCUCUGACCAGGAAAGUGAGGAACAGCAACAAUUCCGGAACAUUUUCAAGCAGAUAGCAGGAGACGACAUGGAAAUCUGUGCAGAUGAGCUCAAGAAGGUCCUUAACACAGUCGUGAACAAACACAAGGACCUGAAGACACACGGGUUCACACUGGAGUCCUGCCGUAGCAUGAUUGCGCUCAUGGAUACAGAUGGCUCUGGGAAGCUCAACCUGCAAGAGUUCCAUCACCUCUGGAACAAGAUUAAGGCCUGGCAGAAAAUUUUCAAACACUAUGACACAGACCAGUCUGGCACCAUUAACAGCUACGAGAUGCGAAAUGCAGUCAAUGACGCAGGAUUCCACCUCAACAACCAGCUCUACGACAUCAUUACCAUGCGGUACGCAGACAAACACAUGAACAUCGACUUCGACAGUUUCAUCUGCUGCUUCGUCAGGCUGGAGGGCAUGUUCAGAGCUUUUCAUGCAUUUGACAAGGAUGGAGACGGUAUCAUCAAACUCAAUGUUCUGGAGUGGCUGCAGCUCACCAUGUAUGCCUGAACCAGGCUGGCCUCAUCCAAAGCCACGCAGGAUCACUCAGGAUUUCCGUCUCGCCCUCUAUUUCCAAAGCCACGUACCUCAAAGGACCCAGCAGCUGCACCCCUGCAGUCCUCCAGGCACCUCAUCAGUCCUGUUCCUCCUCCAUUUUACCCCCUCCUCAUCCCUGAUCAGUCAUGCCUAGCCUGGCCCUUUAGUAAAGCAGUGAGGUAGGAAGAACAAGCCCUUGUCUCUCUGCCGUGUGGAGGAAAGUGCCUGCCUCUGGUCCGAGCCGCCUUGGUUCUGAAGCGAGUGCUCCUGCUAACCUUGCUCCAGGCUGUCUGCAGAAGCACCUGCUGGUGGCACUCAGCACCCCCUUGUGCUAGAGCCCUCCAUCAUCUUCACACUCUCCCACCAUGGACCAGGAACCAAACCAGCACUGGGUUCUGCCUGGUUAUUUCAGGAGAGGCCUGCUGUGGGGUAAACUCACUCAGUGGAAUAGGGCUGGUUACUUUGGGCUGUCCGACUCGUAAGUUUGGCUGCAUUUUGAAAAAAGCUGAUCUAAAUAAAGGCAUGUGUAUGGCUGGUC